AGCCGGCACCCCAGCCAGUCCUCCUCGUUACAAGGCGGCUGCGCGGUGUAGGCGGGGAACGCUGCCCGCCUCCUGCCCCGUCCGUACAGUAGGACUGCGAUUUAGUAGCGGAUUCCCGGCAGGAAAGAAGGGAGAAACGACGAGGUGGGGUCGGGACGUGAGUGUGUUUACCUGUCGUUAGUCGGGGGGCCCCGUCAGGGAUGUCCGAAUCGCCGACUACGGUCCCGGCCCGGCCGCUCUAUCACGAGCGCCAGCGGCUCGAGCUGUGCGCUGCGCAUGCGCUCAACAACCUGCUUCAACGGCGCGCCUUCGGCAAGGAUGAGCUGGACCGUCUGUGCCACAGGCUGUCCCCGGACGCUAUGCUCAACCCCCACCGCAGCAUGCUGGGCACCGGCAACUAUGACGUCAAUGUGCUGAUGGCAGCUCUCCUGUCCGAGGGGCUGGCAGCUGUCUGGUGGGACAAACGCAGGUCCCUGGGCAGUCUGGAUCUCAGCCGGGUCUUGGGCUUCAUCCUCAACAUCCCGUCCAACGUGUCCCUGGGCCCAGUGACUCUGCCCAUCCGCCGACAGCAUUGGGUGGCUGUUCGGCCCAUCCACGGCUCCUACUACAACCUCGACUCCAAGCUCAAAGCCCCCGCUGCCAUCGGCUCUGAGGCUGAGCUCAGGAAGUUCCUGACAGAUCAGCUUGCCCAGGACUCCUGUGAGGUACUGCUGGUGGUGGAGAGGGCAGUGGAGGAAGACGGCAGCUGGCUUUCCCCUGUCUGAAGACCUGGAAGGCCAGAUAGGGCAUUGGAUGGAGAGAGGAGCCGGGGAGCGGAGAGUAGGAGGGGUGAGGGGGAGAGAGGAGGAGGAGGAGAGAGAGUGAAAGAGAGAAAGGGAGAGAGAAAGAAGGAAUGGGGCGGGGUGGGGAGAGGGUGUGAGGGAUGGAUAGGGGGAGACAGGCAGGGGCUGAGUGGGUGUAGAUAGAAGUUUGCUUGCCCAACUCAACAUGGCAGUUUGGACAUCAGAUACAGAGAGAAGGGGGAAAAGGGAGGGGAAGUAGAGAGAGAGAGAGAGGUUGGAAGUGAGGGGAAGAGAGAUGUAGCUGAAUGUGUCGACAGAAACUUUAUCUCACAUCUCUGACUAUCAAAAAGUUAAGACACCAGAUGGAGAGAGCGGAGGAGAAGGGUGGCAAGAGGAGGGAAGGAUAGAGAAGAGGAUGGAAAGAGAAAACAUUUGGGAAGGGAAAGCGAACAGGAGGGGUGGCAUAGGGAAAAGAUUUGAGAGAAGUAUGGGAGAGAUGGUGGGAGUGUUGUGUGUGAAGAGAGAGGGAGAUGGAGAGGGAAAAGGAGGAGGUGGGAAGAGACCAUCCUUUGUUCAGUCUGCACUUUAACCUUCCUCUCAGUUGUAGGAAAGCAUGUGCCUUACCAGAUCUGCUGGGUAGUUCACAGUGUAAGCCAGCAUCUGCAAGAUCCUGGCUGUCGGCAUGAACCCUGCUAAAUUAGGGGGUGCUGAAGGAAACCAAUUCCUCCCUCCCUCCUUCGUCCAGCCCCCUCAGAACAAGAAGAGUGUGGGAUCCUCUCCCCCCACCCCCGCACCUCCUUGCAGUACUGGUGAUAAUAAGAUGGUGCGGGGGGGGGGGGGGGGGAGAAUGUCACUCUGAACUUGCAUGGAAUGUAAAUAUGCAACUCCAUCAUUCGAUUUACUUGGAAUAUGUUGAUUGCUUUACACAUGCAUACACACACAUUCAAUAUAUAUGUAUAUAUAUAU